AUAAAAGAGAAUGAAAAACACUUUUUUUUUAAUCAUGUAUAGUAUUUAAAGGAAACUGUAAGAAAAUAACGUAGAAUGGCCACGUUAGCCAUUGCUGCUCUCACUCUCGCUCGCAUUUCUUCUUCUUCUUCUUCCAACUUCUUUUUUUCUCGCACCUUCAAUCAUUUCACUACAAAGUUCGUACCUUUCAGAAUCCUACAUCAACGACGUCGUUUCUUCUGCCACAAUUGCAAAAGGGGAAUAGCAUCUUCACCAGUCACCAUCCCUUCCAUUUCCGAUAGAAUGACCGCACCCUAUGGUUCCUGGAAGUCCCCCAUCACCACUGACGUCGUCUCCGGCGCCGCCAAGAGGCUCGGAGGCACGGCCGUAGACGCCCGUGGACGCCUCGUCUGGCUGGAAUCACGUCCGGCGGAAUCAGGACGGGGAGUUCUUGUGGUUGAGGCAGAAAAUCCGGGAGGUGAGGCUGUGGACAUUACACCUAAGGAGUUUGGAGUGAGAACAUUGGCUCAGGAAUAUGGAGGUGGUGCUUUUACAGUUUCAGGGGAUGUUGUCUUUUUUGCAAAUUACAAAGAUCAGAGAUUGUACCAGCAGUCUAUCAGUUCUCUGGAUGUGCCUCCCAUACCUCUUACUCCGGAUUAUGGGAGCCCAGUAGUCAGCUAUGCUGAUGGAAUAUAUGAUGAACGCUUUAACCGUUUUGUCUGUGUAAGGGAAGAUCGUCGAGAGAGUGCUCAAAAUCCAUCUACAACAAUUGUAUCUGUAGCACUUGGAAGCAAAGAUGUUCAGGGUAAUAAUUUCUUUGUUCUAGUGAGUUUAUUUUGUGAAGAGAUUUAACGAGUCCUCAAUAAU